AUGAUGAAUCUUCGACUGGGCGCGGCUUUUGCUGCCGUCACGCUGGCCCUUCUAGUCUUUAUCCAACUACUUGGUAUGGUAGAAUAUACCGAACAGAUUCCUAAGUCCAGCUUCACUCAGAACUUCAACCUGUGGAGAAGCAGAACGAGUGCUGCGGCUGCGGCCGAUGAUCGAUUUCUGGUGGGUGCCGGAAAGGCCGACGUGACGGGUCCAGUGGUGGAGGUUGAUUUCAAUGGCUAUGCCAGUCUGGAUCAAUUGGGCACAGGUCUACGCCAGAGAAUCUAUUCACGGGCAUUCAUAUUCGCAGACCCAAAUACUCCAGAGGAUACGUUCGUCUAUUUGGUUCUUGAUACCCUUUCAGGUGAUACCGCCGUGCGCCGUGGAGUUUUGCAGGGACUCGCAGCACUAGGGAGCGAUUAUGAACGCUAUGGCGAACACAAUAUUGCAAUGACAGGCACUCAUUCUCAUUCCGGACCGGGCGCGUGGAUGAAUUAUCUUCUUCCUCAGAUCCCAACCAAAGGAUUCGAUAAGCAGAGCUACCAGGCGAUCGUCGACGGCGCGAUCUUGUCCAUUCAACGUGCUCAUGCUAGUCUCACCACAGGGCGUCUAUCCCUUGGGUCCAUUGAACUUGAAGAUGCCAACAUUAACCGUAGCCCAUACUCAUAUGACCAAAACCCAGAAGAAGAAAAGGCUCGAUACUCGGCUAAUGUGGAAAAAACGAUGACCUUGCUCCGCUUUGACCGAGAAUCCGACAAUAAGACUACUGCUAUACUGACAUGGUUCCCGGUUCAUGGAACAUCCAUGUAUAACAAUAACACCUUGGUGACAGGAGACAACAAAGGUGCAGCGGCUUAUAUUUUUGAGCGCAGCAUCUACGGAGACAACAGAUUCGCCGAGAAUGCGGUCAUUGGGUUUUCUCAGUCCAGUGUGGGAGAUACCAGCCCCAACACUUUGGGUGCCUGGUGCGAGGAUGGUUCUGGAAAGAUGUGCUCAUAUGAUGACAGUACCUGUGGUGGCACAAAUGAGGCCUGUCACGGCAGGGGGCCCUUCUUCCAAGUCAAGGAUAACGGGGCGAAGAGUUGUUUCGAAAUUGGCCGACGCCAGUACUCGGCGGCUAAAUCCCUAUACGAGCAGAUGAACACCAAUGCGACCACAAUUACCGGCAGCUCUGGUGUUAGGUCCUUCCAUGUAUUCCAGGACAUGAAUGGAUACACCUUCCAAUCUCCAUUCAAUGGCAGCACUUUGACGACAUGUCCCGCAGCGCUCGGGUAUUCAUUUGCUGCUGGAACCACCGAUGGCCCUGGAGCCUUCGAUUUCACCCAGAACUCAAGUAGUCCGGCCACUGGUAAUCCACUUUGGCUCGUUGCUCGGGCGUUCAUUCAUCAACCCAGUGAGGAACAGCAAAAAUGCCAAGGGGCCAAGGAUAUUCUCCUAGAUGUUGGAACCCUCACCUUACCGUACGCCUGGGCCCCAGAUAUUGUGGACAUUCAGGUUCUCCGAGUGGGGCAACUCUUUCUCGUCAUCUCAGCUAGUGAAGUUACCACCAUGUCAGGCCGUCGGUGGAAGGAAGCUAUUUCCAAGGGUGCCCAGGACACGCUGGGCGUCUCUGACCCUCAUGUCGUUCUAGGUGCCCCAUCAAACAGCUAUGCUCACUACGUUACAACAGAAGAAGAAUACGGUGUGCAGCGCUAUGAAGGAGCAUCGACCUUGUUUGGGCCGAAUGAACUUGCCGCGUAUAUCAACCUCACAUUGACCUACCUGCCAUACCUUGGUAGCGCCCAAGACAUUGCAAGCCUCCCCGCCAUCGGCACGGGCCCUGAUCCACCCAUUAAUACCAACAAUUCCCUGAGCUUUGUCACCGGUGUGGUCUAUGACAACGCGCACUUCGGCAAGUCCUUUGGAGAUGUCAUCUCGAACCCCGAGAACAAAACUUUUGGACCCGGUGAUGUCGUGAACACAACCUUUGUUGGCGCCAACCCUCGGAACAAUCUCCACCAGGAGUCUACGUAUGCAGCCGUGGAAAAAUACGAUCCCAGCUCUGGCGACUGGGAAGUCGUGCGAAAUGACAGGGACUGGAACCUUCUCUUCUUGUGGGAGCGAACCAAUAGCAUUCUCGGAUACAGCGAGGUCACAAUUCAGUGGAUGAUUGAGGACAGCUAUUAUAGCGUGGGUGACCCGAAUGCCUUGCAAAGCGGGACCUAUCGCAUGCACUACUAUGGAGACUCAAAGGAUGUCCUUGGAAACAUUUCACCCUUUGAGGGGAUCGGGGGGUCCUUUAAGGUGGCGUCUUCUUAA